AUGGUCUCCACCCACAGUCUCCACCCACAGUCUCCAACCAUGGUCUCCACCCAUGGGUCGCAACAAGGGGCCCCGGCUCUUCCAGCUCCGCCGACCAGACUGCAGGGGUCAGGGGGGCCUCUUCCCGCACACAGCCCUCGUGCCAUUGAGCAAGGCGGGCUGCCAGGGGUAGCUCCGCCCCCUCCCGCUCCGGCAGCAGAAGCUCUUCCUGAAGCUGGGCUGAUAGACCUGGUCUGGUCUCACCCCCUCCUCACCCCCACCUCACCCCCUCCUCACCCUCAUCUAACCCCAUCUCACCCCUCAUCUAACCCCAUCUCACCCCAUCCUCACCCCCACCUCACCCCCUCAUCUACCCCCAACUCACACCCUCAUCCCCACCCCCACCUCACCCCCUCCUCACCCCCAACUCACACCCACCUCACCCCUCCUCACCCCCAGCGAGGUGACAUUCCUCAGCCUUGGAUCCAGUUUCUGUGUUUGAGGCUCACGGCUGAACUCCUUGUCCUGGUGACGCCGUACAUUAGCUACAGUAGCAGCCUGUCCUGGUCUGUGCUGACGCCGUACAUUAGCUACAGUAGCAGUCUGUCCUGGUCUGUGCUGACGCCGUACAUUAGCUACAGUAGCAGCCUGUCCCGGUCCGUGCUGACGCCGUACAUUAGCUACAGUAGGAGUCUGUCCUGGUCUGUGCUGACGCCGUACAUUAGCUACAGUAGCAGCCUGUCCUGGUCCGUGCUGACGCCGUACAUUAGCUACAGUAGGAGUCUGUCCUGGUCUGUGCUGACGCCGUACAUUAGCUACAGUAGCAGCCUGUCCUGGUCCGUGCUGACGCCGUACAUUAGCUACAGUAGGAGUCUGUCCUGGUCUGUGCUGACGCCGUACAUUAGCUACAGUAGCAGCCUGUCCUGGUCCGUGCUGACGCCGUACAUUAGCUACAGUAGCAGUCUGUCCCGGUCCGUGCUGACGCCGUACAUUAGCUACAGUAGCAGCCUGUCCUGGUCUGUGCUGACGCCGUACAUUAGCUACAGUAGCAGCCUGUCCUGGUCUGUGCUGACGCCGUACAUUAGCUACAGUAGGAGUCUGUCCUGGUCUGUGCUGACGCCGUACAUUAGCUACAGUAGCAGCCUGUCCUGGUCCGUGCUGACGCCCUACAGUAGCAGUCUGUCCUGGUCUGUGCUGACGCCGUACAUUAGCUACAGUAGCAGCCUGUCCUGGUCCGUGCUGACGCCGUACAUUAGCUACAGUAGGAGUCUGUCCUGGUCUGUGCUGACGCCGUACAUUAGCUACAGUAGCAGUCUGUCCUGGUCUGUGCUGACGCCGUACAUUAGCUACAGUAGCAGUCUGUCCUGGUCUGUGCUGACGCCGUACAUUAGCUACAGUAGCGGUCUGUCCCGGUCCGUGCUGACGCCGUACAUUAGCUACAGUAGGAGUCUGUCCCGGUCCGUGCUGACGCCGUACAUUAGCUACAGUAGGAGUCUGUCCCGGUCCGUGCUGACGCCGUACAUUAGCUACAGUAGCGGUCUGUCCCGGUCCGUGCUGACGCCGUACAUUAGCUACAGUAGGAGUCUGUCCUGGUCCGUGCUGACGCCGUACAUUAGCUACAGUAGCGGUCUGUCCUGGUCCGUGCUGACACCGUACAUUAGCUACAGUAGGAGUCUGUCCUGGUCCGUGCUGAUGCCGUACAUUAGCUACAAUAGCAGUCUGUCCUGGUCUGUGCUGACGCCGUACAUUAGCUACAGUAGCGGUCUGUCCUGGUCCGUGCUGAUGCCGUACAUUAGCUACAGUAGAAGUCUGUCCUGGUCUGUGCUGACGCCGUACAUUAGCUACAGUAGCAGUCUGUCCUGGUCUGUGCUGACGCCGUACAUUAGCUACAGUAGCAGUCUGUCCUGGUCUGUGCUGACGCCGUACAUUAGCUACAGUAGCAGUCUGUCCUGGUCUGUGCUGACGCCGUACAUUAGCUACAGUAGCAGCCUGUCCUGGUCCGUGCUGACGCCGUACAUUAGCUACAGUAGCAGUCUGUCCUGGUCUGUGCUGACGCCGUACAUUAGCUACAGUAGCAGCCUGUCCUGGUCCGUGCUGACGCCGUACAUUAGCUACAGUAGGAGUCUGUCCUGGUCUGUGCUGACGCCGUACAUUAGCUACAGUAGCAGCCUGUCCUGGUCCGUGCUGACGCCGUACAUUAGCUACAGUAGCAGCCUGUCCUGGUCCGUGCUGACGCCGUACAUUAGCUACAGUAGCAGUCUGUCCUGGUCUGUGCUGACGCCGUACAUUAGCUACAGUAGGAGUCUGUCCUGGUCCGUGCUGACGCCGUACAUUAGCUACAGUAGGAGUCUGUCCUGGUCUGUGCUGACGCCGUACAUUAGCUACAGUAGGAGUCUGUCCUGGUCCGUGCUGACGCCGUACAUUAGCUACAGUAGCAGCCUGUCCUGGUCCGUGCUGACGCCGUACAUUAGCUACAGUAGGAGUCUGUCCUGGGUCGGCUCUGGCGGAAGGCGGACACAAACCUGGGAGUGUAUUUUGGAAAAUCUGAAAAGGUUCUUUGAGGGAGUUUAA